CCCGCCCCUCGCUGUGUGCAGGGGCGCUCCAUGUGACGCUGAGCCCGAACACCAAAAUCCAGUAUGGCGGAAUCUGUCAGGAGAUGAAUUUUUCGCGGCCCCCCUACUCCUCCUCCUCUUGCUAAGCCGAGGAAAAGCCCGGGAGUUGGGGCAUGAGAGAGGACUAAAACGCCGCGUGGGACCCACGUCCGGACGCCUGGUCGCCUCCAGGGCCCGUUGAGUCGAGCUUCCGGGGGUGCUGGAGCCUAUCUCAGCUGCACUCGGGCGGAAGGCAGGGUGCACCCUGGACAAGUCACCACCUCAUCGCAGACUAUUGACAAGUGAUGCACCGAAAACUUGACCACCGAAAAAAGACUUUGAUCACCUCAAACCGAAAUUGGAGGUUGGCAUCAGCGAUUGAUGCUCCUGAUUGCAGUAGCAAAGAACAAAACACAUCCUGCUGAUCUCUGUGCAUCAGAUCGAUAUCAUCUGCACACACAGGUGCUCGCCAACAUUACCUUCAGCAAUGACGUCACACAGUCAUCAAGAGGGGAUCCUGGGAAAGGAACAGCCACUGGAGGUUCUGAAGACGUCGGCGCUCAACCACAUCCCAACAGUGGACAUCAACUCAGCACUGCCCCUCCGCCUCCCCCCCGCCGCCAUCCCUAUGGAUCUGCGCAUGGACCAGCACCAACAGCAGCAGCAGGUGUCCCCGCUGUCUCCUCCCCGCCAGCAUUCCCCGCUAGGGGGAACAGGCCAGGCCGGUGGGGGCGUGGCCUCCGCUCCUGUGCGCGAGCAACAGCUGCAACAGGAGUUACUGACCCUUAAGCAGAAGCAGCAGAUCCAGAGGCAGAUCCUCAUCGCCGAGUUCCAACGGCAGGACGAGCAGCUUUCCCGCCAGCACGAGGCCCAGCUCCAGGAACACAUAAAGCAGCAACAGGAACUGCUGGCGAUCAAGCACCAACAGGAGCUUCUAGAGCAUCAGAGGAAAAUGGAGAACCACCGUCUGGAGCAGGAGCUGGAGAAGCAGCAGCGCGAGCAGAAGCUGCUGCUGCUGAAGAACAAGGAGAGGGGGCAGGAGAGUGCGGUGGCCAGCACUGAGGUUAAGAAGCGUCUCCAGGAGUUUGUUCUCAACAAGAAAAAGGCGCUGGCUCAGCGGAGCUUCAACCAGGGCGGUCCCCUCAAUGACGCCCCCUACUGGUACAGAAAAACGCAGCACAGCUCUCUGGACCAGAGCUCGCCUCCACAGACUGGUAUGUCCACCUAUAACCACCCUGUGCUGGGCGUCUACAAUCCCCGGGAUGACUUCCCCCUUCGGAAAACAGCCUCUGAACCCAACUUGAAGCUGCGCUCCAGGCUGAAGCAGAAGGUCAGUGAGCGAAGGAGUAGUCCACUUCUUCGCCGUCGAGACAGUCCCAUCUCCUCUGCAAAAAAACGCUCUUUAGACAUAGCAGAUUCCGUGUGUAGCAGUGCCCCAGGCUCGGGCCCAAGCUCCCCGAACAACAGUUCCAACAACAUUCCCAACGAAAACGGCAUCACUGUGUCAGUCUCCAACAGCACUGAGAUAUCAAUGAGCCAGAGGCUGUGCAGUGGUGCUGAGCGGGGCUCUAUAAACCAGCUGUCCCUCUACACCUCACCAUCUUUACCAAACAUCACCCUGGGCUUGCCUGCCACUGCCACCGCCACCGCUGCAUCCAAUGUGACAUCGGCGCAGCAGGAUGGCAUUUUGCAGCCGGCGCUCUCUCUCAGCCCGCCUUUCCUCUCCGGUGGCCACUUGACGCCGUACCUGGCUGAGACGGCAGCAGGGACAGGCGGGCAUGGUGGUCACAGUCCGCUACUUCAGCACAUGGUACUCAUGGAGCAGAAUCCUGCACAGAGCCCCCUGGUGACAGGUGUCAGUGGCUUGUCUAUGUCGUCUGCAGCCUCCAUGGCCAAGCUGCAGAGGCAGCAUCGACCUCUGGGACGCACUCAGUCAGCACCGUUGCCCCAGGGAAGCGCUGCCCAGGCCCACGCACAGGCACUGGCCCUGCAACAGCUGGUGGUCCAGCAGCAACACCAACAAUUCCUGGAAAAGCACAAGCAACAGUUCCAGCAGCAGCAGCUCCAAUUCAACAAGGUAAGAAAGAUGAUAGCCAAGCCCAGUGAGUCGCCGGUGGGCCGACAGCACCAGAGCCACCCUGAGGAAACAGAAGAGGAGCUGAGAGAGCACCAAGCUGUUGGUGCCCUACCGCUAGGGGUCACCAUUAAGCAGGAGCCCCCUGACCCACAAGAGCUGGAGGAGGAGGUGCUACAGCAGCACAGAGAGAGGCAGGUGGAACAGGAACUUCUCUUCAGACAGCAGGCCCUGUUGUUGGAACAGCAACGUAUUCACCAGCUGAGAAACUACCAGGCUACUAUGGAAGCGGCCGGCCUAUCUAUCUCCUUCCCAGGACACCGCCCUCUUUCCCGGGCCCAGUCGUCUCCAGCUUCAGCCUCCUCAUUUUCCAUCAGUGUCCCAUCCACUGAUCCGCCCGUCAAGCCACGCUUCACCACCGGUCUGGUGUAUGAUUCUCUCAUGCAGAAGCAUCAGUGCAUGUGUGGCAACACCAAUAGUCACCCAGAGCAUGCGGGGCGGAUCCAGAGCAUUUGGUCCCGUUUGCAGGAGACUGGACUGAGGGCGCAGUGCGAGUGCAUCCGCGGGAGGAAGGCCACUCUUGAGGAACUGCAGACAGUUCACUCUGAAGCCCACGUCUUGUUGUAUGGAACCAACCCUCUCCGGCAGAAACUUGAUUGUUCAAUCACUCCCAUGUUUGUGCGGCUACCAUGUGGCGGUGUGGGGGUGGACAGUGACACGAUCUGGAAUGAAGUCCACUCCUCCAGCGCAGCUCGCCUCGCUGUCGGCUCUGUCGUGGAGCUCGUCUUCAAAGUGGCCACCGGGGAACUGAAGAAUGGUUUCGCUGUGGUGCGACCUCCUGGACACCAUGCAGAGGAAAGCACUCCAAUGGGUUUUUGCUACUUCAACUCUGUAGCCAUCGCUGCCAAACUGCUGCAGCAGAGACUCAACAUUACCAGGAUCCUCAUCGUUGACUGGGAUGUUCACCAUGGGAACGGCACCCAACAGGCUUUCUACGAUGACCCCAACGUUCUUUACAUGUCUAUUCAUCGCUAUGACGAUGGCAAUUUCUUCCCUGGUAGUGGCGCACCUGAGGAGGUAGGAAGUGGCCUUGGAGUCGGGUUCAACGUCAAUGUCGCCUUCACUGGAGGCCUGGACCCACCCAUGGGAGAUGCCGAGUACCUGGCUGCCUUCAGAUCAGUGGUGUUGCCGAUUGCCAAUGAGUUUGCCCCGGACAUUGUGCUUGUGUCCUCUGGCUUCGAUGCCGUGGAAGGACACCCUCCACCACUGGGAGGCUACACUCUGACGUCCAAAUGUUUGGGAUUUCUGACCCGCCAACUGAUGAGCCUUGCUGGAGGCAGGUUAGUCCUGGCACUAGAGGGGGGUCAUGACCUCACUGCCAUCUGCGACGCUUCCGAGGCAUGUGUGGCUGCGAUGCUUGGACAGGAGUUGGAUCCACUGGCCAAGGCCGUCCUGGAGCAGAGACCCAACCCUAAUGCUGUUCGCUCCCUAGAGAAAGUUCUGGAGACGCACUGUAAGUACUGGUGUUCAGUGCAUCGCCAUUCACCACUGCUGGGCCUUUCCCAUUUAGAGGCGAAGUGCGGAGAUUCAGAGGAAGCAGAGGCUGUCAGCGCCAUGGCUUCGCUAUCUGUAGCCAACACAAGCGCUAUGGAUCACAGAGAGGAGGAGGAACCAAUGGAAGAGGAGGAACCACUGUAACUGGCGGGAAACACAACGGUGUCAGCAUUGACCUCUCCGGAGAAGACCUCUCUGAGAGUCUCGACUGAUCCCCUCAUUUAGUCCCUCCGACCUCGCGCACCACCUUGAUUGGCGGAGGCAGAGGGGGUGGGCUCAGCCUCAAGAGUAGGGAGCCAAUCAGGAGACAGAGGGCCGGACUACGAGGGUAAAAAAUAACAAAAACAUUGUUGCUUCACAGUCCUCGUGAGGAGACUUUUUUUUUUUUUUCUGUCAGUCUUUGCGCCCAAUGUUGGCCUAGAGUGGCAGCAGUUGUUUGGGGUGGAAGCGAGGUCCGGCUAAGGUUCUCUGUGGAAACAUAAUGGUGCUUUACACAGCUGCCCUAUGACGCCACACUGUACGAACACCAGGGACAGCGCACAUCCCUGCUGUCAAUCACAGCUCGGGGGGUUUUCCUUUCUCAACGACUCCCCCAAAUAAUUUACAAUACGCGUUCACUGUGGACUUUUCGGUCGGGCCGCGCCGACUCGUACAAAGACUCGUUUUUGGUCAGAGGUUCUGAGAGGAGUGCCUUGGUGAGGGUCCGCUGGAUUUCACGAUUGUUCAGGAAAAGUUUGCCUUAAGAUUUUCUUCUUCGGGAGGGACGAGAGCGAGGACAACAAAGCAAACAAUCUUUCAGCAUGUUUACUUGGAACGUGGCCACGCCUCUGGCUGCCACAGCCUCUCUUGAAGAGUCAUUUUACUUUUUUGGAUGGAUCUAUUUUUCUGUGGGGAUGGACAUGUUCUGUAAAGGUAGUUGCCAGCCUCAGUGGAAACACCCGUAGUUCAGUCAGCAACCGGUCUUAGCCUUAUGUAGCUUCCCUUUAACCGAUGGCUGUAUAAUAGUCACGGAAGGAGACGCCCCCCAUUCGGAAUGUGACGCAAAGAAAGCCAAAGCAUGAAUCUGCAUCCAACAAACAUUUUACGGCACACGAGGAAAAGGCGGAAUUGAACAGACUCACCUUGCUGUGCUGGCAACUACCUACUUACUCCGAAAAUCCAGUCUUGUAUAUAAAAUUGAGUAUAUUUUGUGAGGCGCCACGGCGUCUUCAUAUCGAUUUUUUCCAAGUGUCCACUUUCUUUUCAAACUUUUAUUUCAUUCAUCAUAGAUUUGUUACGGUUUUUUUCAUCCGAUUUCUGGAUAGUUACAGGGCUGCCAUUCACAUACUGUCACAGGAUUCUUGUAUUUAUCAAAAGUAAAGAGCGCCUUUCUUUCUUUGUACGGCUCUCCAUCGAUUGUGUAUUUAUAACGUACUGUUUAUAGAAGAUUUGUAUAUGGAAAUUUAUAUAUGUACUCUUAACUAAUGACAGCUAUGAUAUUGUGAACGAAACACGGUAUGGUGUUACUCCAUGGACUUGGGGGAAAAAAACAGACAAGAAGCAGCAUAUUUAGCUCCUCAUCGACUGCACUGUUUGGAUAUAAAGUCAUCACACGGCACUGCUACAGACUUUUUUCCCUCACUCUGUUGCCUGAGCGGUAAUCUUUCCUCUCGCGCAAUGACGACGUGCACUUACCCUUACGUCGGCGACCUCGCCGCAAGCAGGUCCAAAGGCCGUUUUUAUGUAGCGAGCCGUUCGAUUAUGUUGCUUCAGAAAAAGAUCUGACAUCAGUGGAGGGUUGGUUUCUUUGCAGGAAUCAUUAAGGCGUCAAAAAACCUGCGAUAAUCGACGUAUUGCAAGACAAUUUGUUUACACUACCUGUGUCAGAAGAGGAGGUUCCCUGCUUUAGUUACUUUGGGGUUAAAUAUCUAUCAUUUUUGCCCCGAACGUCAUAUCUACUAACACCUAGUGGCGACCAUCACGCUUAUUUUAUUCUAAGUUGUCUUUUUAUAAACUUGUAAAAUGUACUUUUUUUUUUUUUAACAAAACAUCUACCGUAUUUUUCCGAGUAUAAGUCGCACCGGCCGAAAAUGCAUAAUAAAGAAGGAAAAAAACAUAUAUAAGUCGCACUGGAGUAUAAGUCGCAUUUUUUGGGGAAAUUUAUUUGAUAAAACUAGGGUUGCAACAACUAAUCGAUUAAAAUCGAUUAUUAAAAUAGUUGCCGAUUAAUUUAGUCAUCGAUUCGUUGGAGCUAUGCGCAUGCGCAGAGUUUUUUUUUGUUUGUUUUUUUAAUUCUUUUUUUUUUUUUAGUUUUUAAAAUAAACCUUUAUUUUUAAACUGCAACAUUUACAAACAGCUGAGAAACAAUAAUCAAAAUAAGUAUGGUGCCAGUAUGCUGGUUUUUUUUCCAAUAAAAUACUGGAUAGGAUAGAAAUGUAGUUUGUCUCUUUUAUCCGAUUAUUAAUCGAUUAAUCGAAGUAAUAAUCGACAGAUUAAUCGAUUAUCAAAUUAAUCGUUAGUUGCAGCCCUAGAUAAAACCCAACACCAAGAAUAGACAUUUGAAAGGCAAUUUAAAAUAAAUAAAGAAUAGUGAACAACAGGCUGAAUAAGUGUACGUUAUAUGACGCAUACCGUAUUUUUCGGACUAUAAGUCGCUUCGGAGUAUAAGUCGCACCGGCCGAAAAUGCAUAAUAAAGAAGGAAAAAAACAUAUAUAAGUCGCACUGGAGUAUAAGUCGCAUUUUUUGGGGAAAUUUAUUUGAUCAAACUAGGGCUGCAACAACUAGUCGAGUAAAAUCGAUUAUUAAAAUAGUUGCCGAUUAAUUUAGUCAUCGAUUCGUUGGAUCUAUGCUAUGCGCAUGCGCAGAGGUUUUUUUUUGUUUGUUUUGUUUUAUUAAAAAAAAAAAAAAUUAUUAUUUUUUCUUUUUUUUAAAUAAACCUUUAUUUAUAAACUGCAACAUUUACAAACAGCUGAGAAACAAUAAUCAAAAUAAGUAUGGUGCCAGUAUGCUGGGUUUUUUUUCCAAUAAAAUACUGGAUAGGAUAGAAAUGUAGUUUGUCUCUUUUAUCCGAUUAUUAAUCGAUUCAUCGAAGUAAUAAUCGACAGAUUAAUCGAUUAUCAAAUUAAUCGUUAGUUGCAGCCCUAGAUAAAACCCAACACCAAGAAUAGACAUUUGAAAGGCAAUUUAAAAUAAAUAAAGAAUAGUGAACAACAGGCUGAAUAAGUGUACGUUAUAUGACGCAUACCGUAUUUUUCGGACUAUAAGUCGCUUCGGAGUAUAAGUCGCACCGGCCUAAAAUGCAUAAUAAAGAAGGAAAAAAACAUAUAUAAGUCGCACUGGAGUAUAAGUCGCAUUUUUUGGGGACAUUUAUUUGAUAAAACUAGGGCUGCAACAACCAAUCGAGUAAAAUCGAUUAUUAAAAUAGUUGCCGAUUAAUUUAGUCAUCGAUUCGUUGGAUCUAUGCUAUGCGCAUGCGCACAGGGUUUUUUUUGUUUGUUUUUUUUAAUUUAAAAAAAAUAAAAAUAAUUUUUUUUUAUUUUUUUUAAAUAAACCUUUAUUUAUAAACUGCAACAUUUACAAACAGCUGAGAAACAAUAAUCAAAAUAAGUAUGGUGCCAGUAUGCUGGGGUUUUUUUCCAAUAAAAUACUGGAUAGGAUAGAAAUGUAGUUUGUCUCUUUUAUCCGAUUAUUAAUCGAUUGAUCGAAGUAAUAAUCGACAGAUUAAUCGAUUAUCAAAUUAAUCGUUAGUUGCAGCCCUAGAUAAAACCCAACACCAAGAAUAGACAUUUGAAAGGCAAUUUAAAAUAAAUAAAGAAUAGUGAACAACAGGCUGAAUAAGUGUACGUUAUAUGACGCAUACCGUAUUUUUCGGACUAUAAGUCGCUUCGGAGUAUAAGUCGCACCGGCCGAAAAUGCAUAAUAAAGAAGGAAAAAAACAUAUAUAAGUCGCACUGGAGUAUAAGUCGAUUUUUUGGGGAAAUUUAUUUGAUAAAACUAGGGCUGCAACAACUAAUCGAGUAAAAUUGAUUAUUAAAAUAGUUGCCGAUUAAUUUAGUCAUCGAUUCGUUGGAUCUAUGCUAUGCGCAUGCGCAGAGGUUUUUUUUUGUUUGUUUUUUUUAAUUUAAAAAAAAUUAAAAUAAUUUUUUUUUUUUUUUUUAAAUAAACCUUUAUUUAUAAACUGCAACAUUUACAAACAGCUGAGAAACAAUAAUCAAAAUAAGUAUGGUGCCAGUAUGCUGUUUUUUUUCUCCAAUAAAAUACUGGAUAGGAUAGAAAUAUAGUUUGUCUCUUUUACCCGAUUAUUAAUCGAUUAAUCGAAGUAAUAAUCGACAGAUUAAUUGAUUAUCAAAUUAAUCGUUAGUUGCAGCCCUAGAUAAAACCCAACACCAAGAAUAGACAUUUGAAAGGCAAUUUAAAAUAAAUAAAGAACAGUGAACAACAGGCUGAAUAAGUGUACGUUAUAUGACGCAUACCAUAUUUUUCGGACUAUAAGUCGCUCCGGCCAAAAAUGCAUAAUAAAGAAGGAAAAAAACAUAUAUAAGUCGCACUGGAGUAUAAGUCGCAUUUUUUGGGGAAAUUUAUUUGAUAAAACCCAACACCAAGAAUAGACAUUUGAAAGACAAUUUAAAAUAAAUAAAGAAUAGUGAACAACAGGCUGAAUAAGUGUACGUUAUAUGAGGCAUAAAUAACCAACUGAGAACGUGCCUGGUAUGUUAACGUAACAUAUUAUGGUAAUAGUCAUUCAAAUAACUAUAACAUAUAGAACAGGGGUCCCCAAACUACGGCCCGCCAGCGUCCAAAAUCAGGCCCGCGGGAAGUCCCAAGUAUAAAAAUAAAUGUAAAAAAUAAAAUAAAAUUCUGUCUUUUCUUAUCCACUUUGUACCGCUUGCUACUCACAGUGUCUCCUAGCCGCUCAGGCAAAUCAUAUUGUCUAAAAAUGCAUUUUCUCAACGAUAACGUGACAUCAUCGCGCGCGCGGAAAGUGUGUUAUAUAUAUCUAAUAUAUAUAUAUAUAAUAAAUAUAUAUAUAUAUAUAUAUAUACAGCCCAGCCCCUGGCCAAAUUGUUUUAACCCAAUGCGGCCCCUGAGUCUAAAAGUUUGGGGACCCCUGAUAUAGAACAUGCUAUACGUUUACCAAACAAUCUGUCACUCCUAGUCGCUAAAUCCCAUGAAAUCUUAUACGUCUAGUCUCUUACGUGAAUGAGCUAAAUAAUAUUAUUUGGUAUUUUACCGGUAAUGUGUUAAUAAUUUCACACAUAAGUCGCUCCUGAGUAUAAGUCGCACCCCCGGCCAAACUAUGAAAAAAACUGCGACUUAUAGUCCGGAAAAUACGGUAAAUAACCAACUGAGAACGUGCCUGGUAUGUUAACGUAACAUAUUAUGGUAAGAGUCAUUCAAAUAACUAUAACAUAUAGAACAUGCUAUACGUUUACCAAACAAUCUGUCACUCCUAAUCGCUAAAUCCCAUGAAAUCUUACACGUCUAGUCUCUUACGUGAAUGAGAUAAAUAAUAUUAUUUGAUAUUUUACGCUAACGUGUUAGUCAUUUCACACAUAAGUCGCUCCUUAUAGUCCGAAAAAUACGGUAGCUAAAACAUUCCAUUUGAUUAAUUUGGCUGUAAAAAAAAAAAAGAAUCAGGUUAUGUUAUUGUUUUGUAGACAUUCAAUAUCGCUUUCUUUUUUUUUUUAAAUGUUUUAUUUUAAUGCCUGCUCGCACCAACUUUUAACUCUUUGCAUGGUUUGUGAGUCAGCAUGCUUGUCUGUGUAAUAAAAAUGUACUUGCACAACAGAGGAAGAAGAAAACAAAAAACCUCCUAGUAGUAUUGCAGGACGGUUUUUUCUUCCUAUCCAGCGUGCAAACAUUUGAAAAGACUUUGUCCCAAUGGCUCCGCUUGGGAUCAUUUGGUUCCGGUUCUUCUUGUUUCUGACAAGUGAUUUUAGCACUUAGACUAUGGAUGGACUGUGUUUGCUCUGCCAAACCUCUGCUACAUUCAUAAAAGACUCUCCCAAAGAAUGUUCCUCUUUCAAAGAUGUUUCAAACAGGCACUGUUAACGCUGGAGAAAUGCUGCGCUUUUAAUGGAGAAAAGGUUCGGAGGAGGACAUUUGAUUGUCGUACCCACCUUGGCCAGUCCUACAAAUAACCACUGUGGCUCCAGAGCAAUCCUAGGUUUACAUGUACAUGAGAAAUUCGUUUUUUUUUUGUUUGGUUUUUGUUUGUUUUUGUUCAUGCUGUCUGUCUCUAACAAUGGAAAAUGUUAUUUCUUGGGGACCUACGCUUUGGAAGUUUCAUCUCUGACGUCUAUAAAAUAUAUUUCUGAAAAAUACAAGGUUUUUUGUUUUCUUCCUGUUUGGGUGGAAAAUUAGCUUUUUUUCCCCCUGAGGACUUGUGAUGGGAACGUGACUUCUUCAGUCGU